CUGCAGUAGGUGUGUUGGCCUGCAAUAACGAUAAAGUACACAUUACUUAAUAUAAUAUUAUACUGACCGCGAAACGUGUUACACAAGGUCUUCGGGAAAGAAUCCCGACAACAGGCGUACUGUAUUACCAUUUACCUACCGCGAGUAGUUAUAUAUUUUAUUUUUCUAUUAAAUUAUUUUAUACUCUCCAGUUUCACGACGCGGCUUAUGCGCCGUGGAUAUUACGGUUUCAUAUUAGUUUUGACGAUGCAAGUUUAUUAUAAUUCCGACUAUUUGGUAUAAUAUUAUCAUUUUUAUUGAAAUAACGCAGUUUCUACCAUUUUUUACGUGGCAGUGAAUUUCGCACGCUAUUUUAUUAACUAUUAUUAAUAAUAAUAUAACAAUAUACUAAGUUUUGGGAAUAUAAUCUGAGCACGUGUGUGAUCCGCCGAAAAUGGACAACGCCGUUGCCACCGCCGCCAUAAACGAACCAGAACCUGGAUCACUGCUAAUCGUAUCGGAUUGUACGAGUAGCCGGCAUAAAUAUAAACGAACAUUAUCACAGGUAUGUGCGUUGGUCGCUCAGAGCUUAUUGAUGAUGGAUUUAGGAAUGAUGAUAGUCGUUCCUACAAUUGUCAUUGGUGCACUCCACAACGCAAAAGAGGACUUAUCACUGGACGAUGAUCAAUCCUCGUGGAUUGGUAGCAUUAUGUUGCUUUGCCAACCGCUGGGCUGCUUGCUGUCGGGCUUCGUGCAAGGCGUGCUGGGCCGGAAGCGCGCCAUGCUACUGGUCAACGUACCUCACCUAGCCGCCUGGUACCUACUAUACGCGGCCGAUUCCCCGUGGAUGCUGUACACCGCCUCGGUAGCUAUGGGCAUAGGAAUUGGAUUCCUGGAGGCACCCACGAUGGCGUACAUCGGCGAGAUCAGCGAACCGGACAUCCGGGGCACGUUGUCUACGUUCGCCAGUACCUUCAUCGUCCUGGGACACCUGCUAGAGUUUAUGCUCGGGUAUUUAUUCUCGUGGAGGGAAGCAAUGCUCAUCAGCUGUCUGGUGCCUGUGACUGCUUCCAUCGCUACAUUUCUGAUUCCAGAAUCCCCAGUUUGGUUAUUGAUGAAGGGAAGGAGAGACGAGGCAUUGUCGUCGCUGAGAUGGCUCCGGGGGUGGAGUUCCGUCGAAGAGGUGAACGAAGAAUUUCAUAAACUUGAACUGUACUGUCAGGAGUCCAAAAUUGAGUUCAAAAAUUUUAUGGAAGCCAAAAUCAGAAAAUCGUCCGGAUACACCGGAGUACCAGAUAGCGAAUUUGUUACACAAAAAAAACCCAGCGUCGUUGACAUGAUUAGGGACUUUCUGCGUCCCGGAAUCUUAAUACCACUACGGCUGGUCGUGGCCUACUUCUUCUUUUUCCACGCCGCAUCUCUGACGGCCAUGCGACCGUACAUGAUCGAAGUUUUCACCCGACUGGAUGUUCCUUUGACGCCAAAUAAACUCACCGUCAUAUCGGCGGUGUUGCAGGUCACUGGAGCAAUAACAUGUAUUUGUCUGGUGCGGCUGGUCGGAAAAAGAACUUUGUCGUUGGUCUCAAUGUCGGGCUGCGCGCUGUGCUGUCUGUCGUUGGGCGUUUACACAUACACCAUAACACAACUCCAGUGGUCAACAGCGCCGACGAUACCACUAUUAUUGUUUUGCACGCUGUACUUUACCAUAAACUUGGGCAUCAGUCCCAUACCAUGGUUGCUGAUCAGUGAAGUAUUUCCAACCAGAGGACGAGAAGUGGCCGGCUCAUUGUGCGCGGCGAUUUUUUACGUCAACGCGUUCCUAGUAUCGAAGACCUGGAUAAAUCUUCAAAACUUGGUGGAACUGUAUGGAUGCUUUUUUUUGUACGGAAUACUAGCCGUUGUUGGAAUUGUUCACGUUUUUAUUUAUUUGCCGGAGACUGAAGGCAAAACGCUAUCCGAAAUUGAAAAGGAUUUUGCAAGAAAAAACGCCAGAUAAGUUAAAAUAACAAAAACAACGGAGAUGAUAAAAUAACAUGUUAUUGCGUGUAGAAACGUAUACACACUACAAAGAAUUCCGGUACAAGUGUUCAAAUUUUCUGCAAAUAUAAUUUUAACCUCCUCACCGAUAUAAGUAAAAUAAUAUAUGAUGUAUAUUACCGCCAAUGAUAAAUAUAGUUUAUAAAAUGUAACAUAUUACAUAACAUAUUAUGUACAUAAUAUUAUUGUUUAUAAGAAUAAUAUUACACAGUUGACAAGUUACAAUAUUUUUAUAAAACACUAUAAUGUUAUAAAUUUAAAUUAAGUGUAUUAUAUAAUAACAAAUUAUAUUUCACGAUAAAUUGUUUGUUUUUUCUGUACUUAAAAAUAUAUAUUUUAACGGGUUUCUUCAAUAAUCAUAAUAUAUUCAUACAUAUUUAAACCAAUACAAAUACAAUUAAGAAGUAUAAUAAUAAAUAAUAGUUAUUAUAUAUUUACAGUUUAGAUUAUGUACAAAUUAUCUAUAAAAUAAUAAUAUGCACGUAAAUGUGUAUAUUAUAACUAAAUUAUUUUUUACGUAAGUAGUCGUUAACAUAGUAUUAGGUUAUUGUAUUUUAUAAAAUCAAAUCAUGGCCUUAAUUUGCCUAUCUAAAGCGCCAUCCUAUAUGCAGCUUACACAUUCUUGUUUAUAAUAAUUAUUUUUAAUUCUACAAAAAAUAAUUGUUAUUUUUUUUAUUAUUAUUUAUGAAUCCUAAUAUGCUUUAUAUAAAAUUAUUGUUCAUCGAGUUAUAAUAUCAAAAAUAAACAAAAACAAAAUUAACUAAA